AUGGGAAACGUCAGCAGCAGCAGCAGCGGCUCCUCGGAAAGUUGUGGCAGGCCCAGCUACGAUGAUGAUAACAGCACGUACCCGUCUCGGACUCUUCUCCUGCAUGUGUACGUCUCGAAAGGCGGCACGAGGUGCUACCACGCCGGCAUCGAGGUGUUCGGCACGGAGUGGGCCUUUGGCGCCAACGGUGAACUUCCGUCACAUGUCUGCGGCAUCUACCCUUCUCGACCGAAAACAGACACGGACAACUUCAGGUAUGAUGGCACCGUGGUGCUUGGCAAGCUGCCGGAGGGCACGCCAAAGUCGUCUAUCUUCGCCAUUCUGACGAAAAUGCGGUCGUCGUGGCUUCUCGCUCAUUACGAUGUGUUGAGUCACAACUGCAUUCACUUCGCACACGCCUUCUGUGAUGCGAUUGUGAGCGCGUUCCCGGGGAUGACUCUGGGUUCGCUGCCGCGGUCCCUCAUGGACCCAGUGGAUGCGGGGCGGCUGGUCGCGGGGUCGGCGCCGUUGAUACUGUCUGCAUUCCACCCGGCCUUGGGGGCUGUGGCCGCAUUCGCUACAGAUGUGGUGCGCUCUGCACAGAACGACGCAGGCUCUUGUCAGAAUUUCAGCGGCAGUCGUGGACACCGUACUUCUCUCGCGAUCCCCACGCGCAAGCAGCUGGAGGCCAUGUCGGUGUGGGGGGUCCAGAAAAGGAUGUGGUGGUUCGGCGUGUGGUGGGACGAUUGCGAUGGAAAGGGCGACAUGAUUGAGAAGCUGAUGGAACACCUGGUGCACCACUAA